CCUGUUAGGCAGGCGGGGCGCUGGGCGGUGUAAGACGGGUGGGGGAGGAAGAAGGCGGAGGAAGAGUAGGAGGGGGGGAGGAGGCGUGGGGAAGAGCUAGGCGGCUGCGCAGACGGCGCUCCUCACACAGAGCAGCCCCUGACCCGGGCGAAUGCGGGAUUGUGCUGCCGCCGUCGCUGUCCGGGCCAAGUGACAAAGGAAGGAAGGAAGCAAGGAGGAGCCGGCCCCCUAGACGCUGACAGGACUCCGGGCUAGGGGCAAAGCGCGAAGACUUCCUGAGCGAUCACCGAGCAGAGGCGAGGAGGGCGGCCGCGCUGGUCUGGUGGACGGGGGAGGGGGCCCCGAGGGACGGAAGCGGUUGCUGGGUUCCCAUGUCCCCGGCGUAUGGGGAGCAGUCGAGGAGCCGCUGCUUGGGGUCUGAAGGGAGCUGCCUCCGCCACCGCCGCCGCCAUGGCCGCUGGAUACAGCCACCGCCUGCAGCUGCUCCUGGCGCAAUGAGGAGAGGAGCUGCCGACACCGCCCGCCUCUGACUGACUCGCGACUCCAUCGCCCUCCAGUUCUCCGGGCCCCCGCCGUCAGCCCUCCGGAUCCCGCCGCUGCCGGAGCUGCAGCGUUUCCCGUCGCAUCUCCGAAACACCCCCUCCCUCUCCUCCCUCCUUCCCAUCCCCCUUCUUUUCAAGCGUGAGACUCGUGAUCCUUCCGCCGCUUCCCUUCUUCAUUGACUCGGAAAAAAAAUCCCCGAGGAAAAUACAAUAUUCAGAGUACUUACUUUCAAUCAAGUAUUUACCCCAUUUCGUGUGAUAUAUAUAUUUUUAGGAUUUUCCUCCCUUCCUUUUCUCCCCUCCAAAAAAGGGAGGGGAAAGAAUUGUAUUUUUUUUCCCCAGCUCCAAAUCAUCUAUAUGUUAAAUACCCGUACUGAUCAGCCUUGAAGAAGAAACACAGCGCUCGUUUUUUGUUUUUUUUUAAUGUAUAUACAAAAGGAGUAAAAAGCCAAUAGUACGAAGUCUUUUUCUUGUGGGAGAACUUAAUGCUGCGUUUGUCACUAACCUAACACCCUAACAUAAAACAAAAGGAAGAAAAGGAGGAAGAAAGGAAAAGAGGGUGAUUCAGGAAGAGUAAUCAUGUCAGGGCGGCCCAGAACCACCUCCUUUGCGGAGAGCUGCAAGCCAGUGCAGCAGCCUUCAGCUUUUGGCAGCAUGAAAGUUAGCAGAGACAAGGAUGGCAGUAAGGUGACCACAGUGGUGGCAACUCCUGGGCAGGGUCCAGACAGGCCACAAGAAGUCAGCUAUACAGACACUAAAGUGAUUGGAAAUGGGUCAUUUGGUGUGGUGUAUCAAGCCAAACUUUGUGAUUCGGGAGAACUGGUUGCCAUCAAGAAAGUAUUGCAGGACAAAAGAUUUAAGAACCGAGAGCUCCAAAUCAUGAGAAAGCUAGAUCACUGUAACAUAGUCCGAUUGCGUUAUUUCUUCUACUCAAGUGGUGAGAAGAAAGAUGAGGUCUAUCUUAAUCUGGUGCUGGACUAUGUUCCGGAAACAGUAUACAGAGUUGCCAGACACUAUAGUCGAGCCAAACAGACGCUUCCUGUGAUCUAUGUCAAGUUAUAUAUGUAUCAGCUGUUUCGAAGUUUAGCCUAUAUUCAUUCCUUUGGAAUCUGCCAUCGGGAUAUUAAACCACAGAACCUCUUGUUGGACCCUGAUACAGCUGUCUUAAAACUCUGUGACUUUGGAAGUGCAAAGCAGCUGGUCCGAGGAGAACCCAAUGUUUCGUAUAUCUGUUCUCGGUACUAUAGGGCACCAGAGUUGAUCUUUGGAGCCACUGAUUAUACCUCUAGUAUAGAUGUAUGGUCUGCAGGCUGUGUGCUGGCUGAGCUGUUGCUAGGACAACCAAUAUUUCCAGGGGAUAGUGGUGUGGAUCAAUUGGUGGAAAUAAUCAAGGUCCUGGGGACACCAACAAGGGAGCAAAUUAGAGAAAUGAACCCAAACUACACAGAAUUCAAAUUUCCUCAAAUUAAGGCACACCCUUGGACUAAGGAUUCGUCAGGAACAGGACAUUUCACCUCAGGAGUGCGGGUCUUCCGACCCCGAACUCCACCAGAGGCAAUUGCACUGUGUAGCCGUCUGCUCGAGUACACACCAACUGCCCGAUUGACACCACUGGAAGCUUGUGCACAUUCAUUUUUUGAUGAAUUACGGGACCCAAAUGUCAAACUACCAAAUGGGCGAGACACACCUGCACUCUUCAACUUCACCACUCAAGAACUGUCAAGUAAUCCACCUCUAGCUACAAUCCUUAUUCCUCCUCAUGCUCGGAUUCAAGCAGCUGCUUCAACCCCUACAAAUGCCACAGCAGCCUCAGAUGCUAAUGCUGGAGACCGUGUACAGACCAAUAACGCUGCUGCUGCAUCAGCUUCCAACUCCACCUGAACAGUCCCGAGCAACCAGCAGCACAGGAGAAACCACCAGUUACUUGAGUGUCACUCAGCAACACUGGUCACGUUUGGAAAGAAAAUUAAAAAGAGGAAAAAAAAGCCUGUUAAUUUUAGUGUUUAUUUUUUUAUUAUUGUUGUUGUUCUUAUUUAACCUUGUAAAAUAUCCAGAAAUACAAACCAGUUUCAUUGUUUGAGGGAGAUCCAGGGGAUGGGGGAGGGGUGGCGUGGGGAGGGGAAAGCGGAGCACUAGAACACACAGUCUCUCUCCCACCACAAUCUUUUUAUCAAAAGUCUGCUGUUGUAUACUUUAAAAACAGGUCUCCUGCUUCAUGCCCCUUCCACAAAAGAAGAAAACUUUGUGCUGAAGUUUUUUUAAACUUUGUUUUCUUUUUCAAGUCAAGUGAAAGACUUUGGUAUAUAGUGCACAGCUUGAAAUUGGUUGGGAGCUUAGCAGGUGUUAACUCAGUGGGGACUUAAAUGUCACUUGUAAAAUUAAUCCAUAUCCUCGGAUGUUUGAAGACUUGCCUUUGGCCUGUUGGUGGCAGGUGCGGCAGACAAAAAAUAAGGAAAUGUGUAUUGUUUGUAACCCAGGGAGGUCAAUAAAAUUAGAAACUAUAAGGGGAAGAUUCCUGAUUGAUUUGUUAAAAGUUUUGUUAUGCUCGUAAUCAGUGCUAGUGGUGGAGAGACUUGCAUAGGAACUGUCGAGGGAGGAGCAUGCCUGCUCUGCAGAUGGAUCUUUGUUUGCCUGGCCAAAGGUUCUCUGCAAAUGUUAGUACAGAUGUUAAACUAGUGACCUAGGGAAAGACUGAAGAGCCUGUUGAGCCGGCCACUCUGGCUGCAGAGAUCAAAAGCCAAUGAGCCUGGAAGUAGGGGACAAACCAGGGACGAUCUCACCACUGUGAAUGAACUAGUCCAGAUUUUUUCCUAAAAUGCUUCCCCUGGAAAGAUACACUUGAGAGGACAUUAUAGAUAAUAAUGUGAACUGUAACAGUCUACUGGUUUAUUUUUCAUAUUUUUAAAUUACAGAUUCAGCUUGCAGAAAUUGCCACAUUCUAUACAUAGUUCUAAUUUUAAAUCCAAAUCUAGAAUCUGUAUUUAAUAUCAGCUUUUUUUAACCUCAUGCUUUUUAAAUUUUAUUUAUUCAUGCAUGUCAGAUAGGCCAUUGUGAUUUCAGUUGGAGGAAUAUUAAAAACAUCAAAAUGAUACAAACAAAAGUCAUUUGUACCUGCUGAAUUUAUAGGAAAGUAAAUUAUAUAAAUGUGUAUAUAUGUGUUAUAUAUACUUAGAUUCAAUACUGCCUUUUUCGUUUUGUUUUUAUUUGUCCACAGUAUCGAAAUUGACUGCUUGAAGAGUGAGAAAAGAGUGUUUCCGCCCAUAUCCAGUUAAGAGUUUUUGUUUCUGUUUUGUGUAUCAGUGAAUGGUGUAAGAAUCAGUCUCUUGUUUUUGAAGAAAAAGCAAUAUUCCUUGGAAAGCAAGGAGGAUUGAAGGAUUAUGUUUGCAGUGAGGAAAUAGGUUUUCACAACUAGUUUGUUUUAUCCUUUUAAGGUUGACAUUUAUGUGGGCCUUAUAUACUCUAAAAUGAACCUUAGUCGCCUUGGUGCUUAAGGGCCAUUACUUGACCUAUGAAUCUUUAAGGCACAAUCAGUUGUACUUUACAUUUAAAGAUCACUUGAGUGAUGGCCGCCUUUCCCUCCUACCCGCUCCUUCCCUGCACACCUUCCAAGGUUAGCUGAGAACUGUAGGGCUACUGAGCUGAGCCCUAGAUUGUGUAUAGCCUACCUUCCUUCGCCCUUCUCAUUGCCACCUUAGGUCAUGUUGGGGGUCUUGCCCUCCAGGUGAUUUGGAAGUAGAGUCUCUUGACAGCCCUCAUGCAGAUCCCCACACCCUGUACUGCUUCUCACCCAAGUGUAUGUGACUCUCCAAGAGAGUCCUCCUGCCUGCUGAAGUGAACCAAUACCCAGAAAGGCAAUUGUGAGCCAUCUUAGUUUUCACUCACUGUGUAGCUGAGCUCUUAGGCCACAAAGGGGGUUUCUCAGACCUCUGGUUGUAUCAGAGUUCAUGAGAAAGGAAACACACUCAGUCAAACCAAAUUGAAUUUUACUUUUCGUAAUGAGCCUUUGAGAGCUAAUUAAGAUUUGAAAGAUGUCUUAACAUAUUUGGCAACAUGAUCCUAAAGGAAUGGCUUUGACAGAUCAUUUUCAGAGAGGAUUUAUAAAGAAAGUGGAGAGCAGAUCUAGGAUAGAAAUGGACCUGCUUCCAGACCAAACUGCCCAGCUAAACAUCUGGACACAGACACUAAUCUAGAUUUGGUAUACUUGCUGGAUUCCAUAAAAAUCUGUGUUUUACAAAAUACUCCCCUCCCCACCCCCAGUAAAUGGGGUGAGAGAAGAAGCAGAGAGAAGUCAGAUGCUUUUCUCAUUUAUUGUGUGUGUGAGGGCUUGAGGUGCAUGAUUUUUUUUCUUUCUCAAGGAUCAUGGCGGGAUCACAGAACUCUUUUAUACAAGUGAGAUCCAGGUCUCUGAAUAUCUUUUUGUAAAUACUACUACUAAUAAUAAAAAGCUCCUCACCAAAUUCAAGCUUGUACAUUAUAUUUUCUUUCAAUGUUUUUAAAUUUUAAGUUUUAUUGUUUUGUAUGUAAAUAUGUGGACCCAGGAACUGUUAUUAAUGAGCAAAAAGUUAACUGUUCAGGGCAGUGAUUCUGUUUAAUAAUCAGACAAAAAUGUAGACGAGCUUUUUAAAGCCAUAUAGUUUUAACUCUGUACAGUAGGUACUGGCCUGUAUUAUUGUAACAAUAACUCUAGCAAUGUAUAGUGUAUCUAUAUAGUUUGGAGUGCCUUCGCUUCCAUGUGUUUGGGUUUUUGUUUUGGGGUAUUUUUUUUUGUUUUUGUGUUUGUGUUUUUGUUUUUCAUUUUUAAAAUUUUAAUUGGUUUCCCUCUCCUGCCCUUUUCCCUUUGAAAUUAUAGCUCACUCAUAACACAGUGUCUGUGCCCUUCACAGUGAAUUUCAGUGAUACCAUGUUCUGGAGUGGAAACAGGAAACCACGUUCAUAAUUUCAUAUCACUCAAGCCCUGCCUUUGUUCUGGUUCUGAACACCCAUUUCCUCCUCAGUAGCAGUGACUGGUUUCAUUUCAUCCUUGGGUCAUCCAGGGACUUAGGUAGUGCCAGGGAACCCUAGAGCUGGAGGAUUUCAACAGGUUAGAUUUUGCUCGUCUCUUUCUCAAACCCUAACCGUGGGUCUUACAGACAGCAGGUGUCCAUGCUCACUCUCCCCUCAUCUCCUGCCCUCACAAAUGGGAGACAGAGAAUUGACUUUAUAAAUCAGUUUCUUCAUAGUGUCAGAUUUUGAUAAUCAACGGUCUGAAAUGCUGUGUAGUGUGAUUACCAGCAGUUAGUGCAUGGAGUGCUGCCGAGCCAGGAGAGGACUCCUGUUUUAACAAGGGAACUCUGAGCCUCCUCCCACCCUCCUGCCUCCUCCGCCUCUUUCAGUGAAAUGCCAUUUUAAUUUCUUUUUUGAAAAAUCAGUUUCUUACUCUGUACCCAUCAUGAAGGCCUUUUUGAAAAAAAAUCAAAAUUGUUUGUUUUGCCUCCAAGUACUCCAUAUAAGAUGUCUUGAGUAGAAGAAAAAACAAACUUUACCAAACCAAAGGUUUCUAUUUUUGAAACAUCGUGUGUUCAUUCCAGCAAGGCAGAAGACUGCACCUUCUUUCCAGUGACAUGUCAUUUUUUAAAGUCCUCUUAAUUUUUAAAUAUUUUUGGUUUGUGUUUUAACAAAGCCUGCCUAACCAGUCAUCUUGUCUGCGCCAAUGCAAAGGUUUCUGAGAGGACUAUUAUAUUCUGUAUCCCUGUGGAUAUAAAGACACUGGCAUUUUUUUCCCCUUUCCUUUUUAAGGGGUUUAACUUUGGAAUCUUCCAAAGGAAGUGUGGCUGAUGCCAGAUCCCCAGGAGCUUGGGGGGCGGGGGGGGGGGGUGGUUCUUUGUUUUAAACCAAAAUUGUACCUGAUUCUUGUUGUAUUUGUUAGUGAUCAUCUAAUCACAGAGCUGAACACUUUCUCACCUAUGUAGAAAAAUAAAUUAAGCAUGCUUUACAGUAAAACCAGUCUUUUCUGAUAGAAACCUGAGCCACUGAAAAUAAGAGAGACAACUAGAAGCAGAGUAGAGUCCCAGACUAAGGUCUACAUUUGAGAGGCUUUGGAAGUAAUCCCUGGGGUUUGGAUUAUUUUCACAAGGGUUAUGAUGUUUUGUUCAAGUUUGUUGCUCCGUUUUGCACCUCUGCAAUAAAAGCAAAAUGACAACCAGUACAUAAGGGGUUAGCUUGACAAAGUAGACUUCCUUGUGUUAAUUUUUAAUUUUUCUUUCUUACUAUAUCUGUCUACAGGCAGAUUCAGAUAGAUGUAUGAAAUGUGCUUGCCUGUAAAAUUUGCAUUUAUCAAUGUGUUGCCGAUGGAUCACUUGGGCCUGUACACAUACCAAUUAGCGUGACCACUUCCAUCUUUAAAACAAAUCUAAACAAAAUUUAUUAUAUACAUAUAUAUAUAUAUAUAUAUAAAGGACUGUGGGUUGUAUACAAACUAUUGCAAACACUUGUGCAAAUCUGUCUUGAUAUAAAGGAAAAGCAAAAUCUGUAUAACAUUAUUACUACUUGAAUGCCUCUGUGACUGAUUUUUUUUUCAUUUUAAAUAUAAACUUUUUUGUGAAAAGUAUGCUCAAUGUUUUUUUUUCCCCCUUUCCCCAUUCCCUUGUAAAUACAUUUCGUUCUAUGUGACUUGGUUUGGAAAUAGUUAACUGGUACUGUAAUUUGCAUUAAAUAAAAAGUAGGUUAGCCUGGAAAUGAAAUUAAAAUUCA